CCUGCUACAGCGCGUGUCCGCGUCCACCAAUCACGGCGCGUUUCGGAGGUCGGCACCGAGCGGAAGUUGUUGGCCGCUUCUGCCACUUGCAGCCGCUGCGGCUAGCUUUUAGCAGGCUAACAAGGUUCUGUCAAUGUGCUGCUGUGGUUUGUCGCUUCGAGGGGGGAGCGUGAAAACGUACCAAAUGCGCGAAGGUUGAAGCUGACGCGUCCAAGGAAAUGAUUGUCACCGACGUCGCCUCUAAGGGAGAGGAUACGCUAACGUAAAGGAGCCCGGAAGUGGUGAAGCUUCCCGCAGCGCCAGAGAAGAUGAGCGCCAAAUAUGGCCUGGUGGGCUUCAACAGCUCGCGGAAGCACAUUUCAAUCUCCAUUCCGUCGUCCACGGAGGUGAUGUCUCCCCACAUUAAGUCUGUGGAGGAGCUGAGAGUCCUGGGCAUUAACCUGAGCAGCUUCAGCGCUCCGACACAGUUCUUCAUCUGUGUAGCAGGAGUCUUCCUCUUUUACCUAAUCUACGGAUACCUGCAGGAGCUGAUUUUUUCAAUGGAAGGAUUCAAGCCCUUUGGUUGGUACCUCACUUUGGUGCAGUUUGGCUUUUACUCCAUGUUCGGACUGGUGGAGCUUCAGCUUACACAGGACAAGCGCAGAAGGAUACCAGGGAAGACCUACAUGAUCAUAGCAUUUCUAACAGUGGGAACAAUGGGUCUGUCCAAUACCUCUCUGGGCUACUUAAACUACCCUACGCAGGUCAUCUUCAAGUGCUGUAAACUCAUUCCUGUCAUGAUUGGAGGGGUUUUUAUACAAGGGAAACGCUAUAAUGUGGCUGACGUGUCUGCUGCUCUCUGCAUGAGUUUUGGACUCAUUUGGUUUACACUAGCUGACAGCAAAGUGGCUCCAAACUUCAACGUCACAGGGGUUCUCCUCAUCUCCCUGGCGCUCUGUGCAGAUGCUGCCAUUGGAAACGUGCAGGAGAAAGCCAUGAAGCUCCAUAAUGGCUCCAACUCUGAAAUGGUGCUGUAUUCAUAUUCCAUUGGUUUUGUCUACAUACUGACAGGCCUGCUCUGUGUGGGUGGGCUGGGACCGGCAGUAGCAUUCUGCUCAGAGCACCCUGUGAGGACGUAUGGUUAUGCAUUCUUCUUUUCUCUUACGGGUUAUUUUGGCAUAUCCUUUGUGCUGGCCUUGAUCAAGCUUUUUGGUGCCCUGGUUGCAGUAACAGUGACCACAGGGAGGAAGGCCAUGACUAUCGUACUUUCCUUCAUGUUCUUCGCAAAGCCUUUCACUUUCCAGUACAUCUGGGGUGGCCUUCUGGUGCUUUUUGGCAUCUUCUUGAAUGUUUACAGUAAAAACAGAGACAAAAUGAAGCUUCCCUCCAUCAACGACUUAAGGAGUUGGCUGCUGACGGGAAAGAAAGUCAGAUUUCUCUCACAGAACGUGUGAGAGGUGACUACGGGGGCGGGGCAGAAGUCCAGCAUAUGCAGACUGUACAUCUGUGCAGAUGUAGCCUUGGUCUAAGGAAUAUACUGAAGCAUGUGCCUACUCUACAGGCCUCAUUGCUCAGCCAAGGAUGGGCAUACAGGGUUUGACUGCCUCACAGACCGCUGACAUGAAUAAACUAUAUCCUGUUUCUGUGUAGCAGUGGACAACUGGUACACAAGGAAGUACUUUAUCUGCAGGGGACUCGAUGGCUAGUGGGCUCUCUUAAAGCAGUGCUGGAGAGCCUUAACAUGGAGAACAUGGACAAUAUUAAGACUGUAAAUGGAAUCCAAUGCCUUAGCACAGUUUUGCACUGGAACUGACUCGUACACUUUAAUCUUGAGUGGUGGGGACUUCUUGCUUUCUUUCUUUUUUUAAUGGAAGGAGUACAGAGACAUGCCGAUGUUUCAUGUGUGAAAUAACAAAAGGAGAAAACAUUCGUCACGUGACAGGAGGACAUGACAAAAUUCGAUUUACCUAAUAAUUGUAAUUUGUAAUCAUUGUGUUAUUAAACAAGUCCAUUUCAUGUAUUUGUAAUUUGUAUCUAAUUAUGCCCUAAGUCAUGAAAAUACACGUGUAUCAUCAUGAGAAAUGUUGGCAAAUAUAGAGAAACAUGCUCUACAGUUUACAUCAACAAUGUCAACUGCCAUAGUUUAACCAAGCGUUCGGACCAGACUCUUUACAAUAAAACAAACAUUGCUCUUAAA